CAAUCGGUCUCAAAAUUCCUUGUCGAUAAACCUAGAACGUAACCUUAAACAAUCAGAAUAACCGUGUGAUGAAUGUGUGUGUCAGUUAGUCACCAUAACCCCUUAUAAACAUCAGAUAUCUUUUGAAAUUUACCUCUUCUGUAACGAGAUGAUAUGCAAGGUGUCCUAUCUAUUGUUUCUGUUAGUUGCAAAAUGUUUCGGAAAACCUAGUCCAGAGGAUAAUGUUCCGGCAACAACAGAACCAACUCCUACCGAGAAUUUUGGUAACGUAUGGAAGUUAGAUGUAGAAGGAAACUACUGGUUGUUUUGGAAAACGAAUGAAACAAACAUUAUAUUCGAGACACACGUUAAGACUAAAGGAUAUGUUGGUUUUGGACUUUCGUCUAAUGGUAAAAUGUUUCCCUCAGAUGUUGUCAUCGGAUGGAUUGACAGCAAUGGCACAGCACACUUUAAGGAUUGUCACACAGAAGGACAUUAUGCACCGAUUGUCGAUACUAGUCAAGACUGGUUUUUGUUACUCGGCAAAGAGGAUAAUUUUGGAACAGUUCUUAAGUUUACUAGAAAGUUGGAUACAUGUGAUGAUAACGACUAUCUUAUAACGGAAAGUACUGUCAAAGUAAUCUAUUCAUACCAUCCUGAUGAUCCUGCUUCGUUUAAUUCCCUACCUUGGCAUGGUGCAGAAAGACGAGGGGCCAAAAGUUUGAUGUUACUGUCAUCUGUAAAAGCAAAUGAAUACGUUCCACCCUCUGAUGCAGAGCAGUUUGAUAUGCUUCAUCAUAAUUUUCAUGUACCAGCAAAGGAAACGACUUAUCAAUGUAGAGUUUUUAAAGUUCCGCACAAACCCCAGAAGUAUCAUAUGAUCAGGUAUGAACCCGUAAUAUCUCCCGGUAAUGAAGCAUACGUUCAUCAUAUUUUGGUAUAUAACUGUCCGACCGCUACAGAUGCAGACGUUGACAAGGUAUAUGAAUGCUAUGAACAUCGACCUCGAAAUCUCCAGUGCAGUGAUGUGGUGAUUGCAUGGGCUAUUGGUGGUGUAGCAUUUGAUUUUCCAUCGAACGCUGGAUUCUCUUUCAUGACAUCCGGUGACCCACGGUACCUUGUAAUGGAAACUCACUUUAAUAAUCCAACAAUGAAGUCGGGUAUUGUUGAUAGUUCCGGUUUAAGGAUUACAGCUACGCACACAAUACGUCAGCAUGAUGCUGGAAUUUUGCAAGCAGGUGCUAUUGUUAAUAAACUUCAGUUUGUUCCUCCACAUGAGAAAGACUUUCUAUCACGACAUUCAUGUAGUCAAAAGUGUUUACAAGAGGCUUUGGUGACCCAACAAAACAGUAUGAAAGUUUUUGCAACACUUCUUCAUUCCCAUUUACUUGGAACAAGUAUUGUUGCUCAUCAUAUUCGUGGUGACGUAGAAUUAGAACCCUUGGCACAAGAUCUUUCUUAUGACUUUGACUACCAAGAUAAUAGAGUGUUUCCGAAGGAGAGAGAAAUUAAAUAUGGCGAUAGUUUAACCAUUGACUGCCAUUAUGAUUCAACAGGAAGAACUAAACCAACAUUGGGAGGAUUGUCAACUGCAGAAGAGAUGUGUUUAGCCUUUAUCUAUUACUAUCCAAAAACUGAAAUAAGCAACUGUCAAAGUAUGCCUUUGUAUGAUCAAAUCGGUUCAAACCCGUACCACAAUGUUGAUACAAUGUACAGUUGGAACUGGCAGAACCAAGAUGUGAAGAACAAAUUCAAAGAUGUUAUGAAUAAGACCAAUGUGUACCAUAAAUGUAAUAGUCACACGCAUCCAGAAAGCCCACAUUAUCAACAGAAUGUUUUCCGUGAUCCAGAACCUCGAGUUAAAUACACACCACCUCCUAGACAGUGCCCGGGGAGCCAAGGUAUUGCGAGAAGAGAAAUUACAAUGAAGCGCACAAUCUAUUUUGCAUUUCUUUAUUUGUUCGGGACAAGCAUAGGAAAACCAAAUGCUGCUACCCAUGACCAACAUGUGUCGCUCUCCAAACCGACGCCAACUGAAAUUUUCGGGAAUAGCUGGCAACUAGACAGUGACGGAAAUUAUUGGUUAUUUUGGAAAACUAAUAAAACACAUAUAACGUUUGAGACUCAUGUUAAGACUAAGGGAUAUGUUGGCUUUGGUCUAUCAUCUAAUGGUAAAAUGUUUCCAUCUGAUGUAGUUGUUGGCUGGGUUGACAGCAACGGAACGGCUCAUUUCAAGGAUUGUCAUACUGAUGGUCACUAUGCUCCUACCGUUGAUGUAAGCCAGGACUGGAUGCUUCUACAGGGACUCGAAGAUAACUUCGGAACAGUAUUAAAGUUUGUUAGGAAGUUAGAUACAUGUGAUGACAAAGACUACCAAAUCACAGAUAAUACUAUCAAGGUUAUUUAUUCGUACCACCCUGAUGAUCCUGCGUCGUUCGAUGCACUGCCAUGGCAUGGAGCAAACAGACGAGGAGCUAAAAGUUUAAUGUUGCUCUCGGCGGUCAAGGCAAAUGACUACCAAUUACCACCUGAUGCAGAACAUUUCGAUAUACUUCAUAACAAUUUUAAAGUUCCAGCCGAUACAGAUACUACAUACCAGUGUACAGUUUUUAAAGUGCCAGAAAAACCUUCCAAGCGCCACGUGAUUAGGUUUGAACCAAUAAUCACACGUGGUAAUGAAGAUGUGGUCCAUCACUUUGUGCUAUACAGUUGUCCCACUGCAACAGAUAACGAUGUAGGAUCUGUCUUUGACUGUUAUGGUGCCAAACCAAAGAAAUAUGAAAAAUGCAACGAUGUCAUGUUAGCAUGGGCAAUUGGUGGCGUUGGAUAUGACCUUCCUCAUAAUGCUGGGUUUUCAUUGAACUCACCUGGAGAUGCAAGAUAUCUACUUCUGGAAACACAUUUCACUAAUCCAACAUUAAAAUCAGGCAUCGUAGAUAGUUCAGGUUUCAGAAUAACAGUCACGCCAACAUUAAGACAGUAUGAUGCAGGAAUGCUUGAAAUUGGUGCAAUGGUUAACAACUUACAGUUUAUUCCCCCAUACGAAAAGGGAUUCGUAUCAAAAAGUCACUGUCACGAGGACUGCAUAAAAAUGGCUGUUGGUAAUCAGACAAACAGUUUAAAUGUGUUUGGUGUUCUUCUUCAUGCCCAUUUAUUGGGUGCCAAGUUGACAGCACGUCAUUUUCGAGGAGAUAGAGAACUUGAGCCAUUCUCGAAGGACGACAACUAUGAUUAUGAUUACCAAGAUUUUAGGGCCAUGAAACAAGAAAGAGAGAUCAAAUACGGCGACAGCCUUGCAAUGGACUGUACCUACGAUUCCUCGUCAAGAACCAAACCAACUGUUGGUGGUUUACCGACCACAUCGGAAAUGUGCUUGGCUUUCUUGUUCUACUAUCCGAAAGUGGAUGUUACAUUUUGUCUCAGUCAACCCAACUAUGAAAAACUAAGCAGCGUUCCUUGGCAUGCUGUACAACAACUCAAUACUUGGGACUGGAAAGAUAAAUCUGUUCGUGAUAACUUUAAUAGAAUCGUUGACAAUUCUACGUACAAUUAUAUCUGCUAUGGACAAGACAAAAGUGCUAAUAUACAUUAUAAACAAGGCAAUUUUCAUCUCCCUGAACCAGCGACAAAGUAUGCUCCGCCUCCAAGACAAUGUCCAAGUGGUCAUUGAUACUUUUAAAUUGUGUAAUAAAAUAAUAUACGAAA